AUGACGUUCAACAUCACCAUUGAUCACUCCAGUCCGCACGACUCGGAUCGCUCAUCCUUGUCUGACGAAGAGGACUCGUCGGGCGUACAGGUCUCCCCUCCAUCCAUAGCAGGAAGCCAUGAUUACCACGACCCGUACGAUGAUGGGGGCGAAUGGGCGCAUCUACCGUAUCCUGACGAACUGAAGCCGUCCGACUCCGCAUCUCGGCCCAGGACUCAUGCGUUCCAUGGAUCGCGUUCAGCCUCCCGUCGCCGCAUCCCCAGACGACGAGACGUCAUGCAUGAACGAGAGAGUUACUCUCGUCGUACGCGACGACACCAUUCACCACCACCGCCGGCCUCUCCUGAAAGUAGUGAUUCCGCUGAUGAAUACGAGGGGGGGUAUGCGCAUGCGCCUCAGGACCGCCGAUAUUGGCCGCCCGUGGCGCAUGCCCCUCCCACAGGGUACGCACAUAGUACUUCGUCGGGACCUUCAUAUAAUCCCUAUAACCAGGGCGCUGUACCACAUGGCGCAUUACCACAUGGCGCAUUUCCAUAUCCCGGCGGGCCUCAUCCGCCACCUGCAUCCGAUCAAUUGGUGAGGCUAGGUCAUCUCGGAGGCCAUCCGCCGCAAUACGCCGGUUCCCCUCCAUAUGGAUAUGGUUCCCAGUUUCCCCAUGUUCACAGUCCUCCCACCGUGUCGCCUUAUUUUGGCCAUGAGCACCAUGCCGACUACCUUGGACACCACGUGCAUCGCCCUCCUCCUCCUCAUUCUCAUCACUCUCAUCACCAGGCAGCUCACCCCCGCGGUCGACGCCGUGCUCAUAGCCCACCGGAACACGCCAUGUCGCAUACAGUCCCACCGCCCGCUGCUGCACCAUACGGGGCGCCUCCUUUUGGCCCAUCCGACAUGGUGCCAUACGGACAUCCUGGCUAUCUCCAAUAUAAUAAUCCAUACCAGGUAGUCCCAGGAAUGCCGCCGCCGCCGUAUUUCAAUCCUUACCCCCGUGUUUCUCCACCACCGCGCGCGGCGACCACCCCGUCGGCAACAUCGGAGGCAGAUACGGCAAAGGAUGAAGCAAUUGCUAGACUCGAGAAACUCAUUCUCGACGAGCGAUUAGAGAGAGAAGCCAGAGAAGCUGCCCGCCAAGAAGCUAUCGAGAGAGAGGCGGCUGAACGAGCUGCCAGGGAGGAGCGAGCGGCUGCUGAGAAGAAGAUUGCUGAUGAGGCUGCUGCAAAGGCUGCUGCUGAAGCAAAGGCGGAAGCAGAAAAGAAGGCUGCGGAGGAGGCUGAAAAGGCGAAGAAAGCGGCCGAGGAGGCAGCCGCGGCGGCGGCGGCAGAAGCAGCAGCAGCAGCUACAGAAGCAGCCAAUGCAGCGGCAGAAGAGAGAAUUGCUGCUGCUGCUGCCGCUGCCAGCGCCGCAGCAAAUCAACCUCCGCCGGAGAAGAAAAAGCCCAUAAAAUUUAAGGAUGCAGUUGGUCGGAAAUUCAGCUUUCCUUUCCACCUUUGCUGCACCUGGCAGGGAAUGGAAGAGCUCAUACGGCAGGCAUUCCUCCAUGUCGAGGUGAUCGGACCACAUGUCGCUGAAGGGCAUUACGACCUAGUAGGGCCGAACGGUGAUAUAAUUCUCCCACAGGUCUGGGAGACUGUAGUUGAGCCAGACUGGACAAUCACCAUGCAUAUGUGGCCGAUACCCGAAAAACCAAAAACUCCAGAGCCUCCACCACCACCUCCCCCUCCCCCUCCGCCCGAGCCUGUCGCGGAUGAUAAUGCCAUAGUCACCGUUGUGGAGGAGCCAAAGAAGGCGGAAUCAACAGGCCCUAAGAAACAACGUGUGAAAGCCCCUGAUCCAGGCGCAUUCGCUAUGUGGAUGGUUGGUGGUAGUCGGGCGAGGGCUAUCAAGUCUUUAAAAGCGGCAAAAAAGCCUGAAGUACUUUGA